CUCUCUCUCUCGUGUCUUCGUAUCAACCUUUUCACAUUCCUCUCUUGUUUUUUCUUCUCUUUCGAGUACGCAAACCCAUCACAACGUUUGGGUUUGUGUACCACACAACACAUCCUUGUUGUUCAACAAUUUCAUCAAGCUUAUUUCCACCAGCUUUUACAUAACUUGAAAACCAUUUCUUCUCCUAAACGAGAAAAUGUUCGGGUUUCGAAAAGCGCCACCACCAACAAACCCCGCAUCAUCGGGUUCAGAUGCUGAACCCGAUAAAAAGACAACCCUUACUCCAGACCGACGAACAUCCUCAGAGCCGGUCCUUCCAAUGCCAAAGUCAAAAGGAAACUACUUUGACGAUGAUGACGACGAUGAUUGGGGAAGAAAGCCUUCCUCAACUAAGCCUUCCUCAACUGCAUCGUCGGCGGCAUCAAAAGACAGGUACAAAACCGGUUUCCGAGAUUCUGGAGGACUAGAGAACCAAAGUGUUCAGGAGCUGGAAAACUAUGCUGUGUACAAAUCUGAGGAGACAACAAAUAGUGUUAAUAAUUGUUUGAGAAUUGCUGAAGAUAUUAGACAAGAUGCUACAAAGACACUUGACAUGUUGCACCAGCAGGGUGAUCAGAUUACAAGGACUCACAAUAUGGUUGUUGACACUGAGAAAGAUUUGAGUAGGGGUGAAAAACUCCUUAACAAUCUUGGAGGCAUGUUCUCUAAACCAUGGAAGCCAAAGAAAACCAGGGAUAUACAAGGCCCUGUAAUUACAUCAGAUAAUUCAUCCAAAAAGAAUAUAAAGAAUAAGGAAGAUAGGGAAAAGUUGGGGCUAGCUCCUUUGCCUAAGGGACGUUCUGCUCCUACCUCACCUCCUUCUGAAUCAGCCAAUGCCUAUCAGAAAAUAGAUUAUGAAAAAGCUAAACAAGAUGAUGCACUCUCAGAUCUCAGUGAUAUAUUGGGUGAUUUGAAGGGUAUGGCAAUUAGUAUGGGAACUGAACUAGACAGCCAAAACAAAGCUCUUGAUCAUCUUAGUGACGAUGUUGAUGAGCUAAACUCUCGAGUUAAAGGUGCCAAUCAGCGUGCACGCAAAUUAGUAGCAAAGUGAAAGAUGUUAGACUCAAAAGCUUCUAUAUAUAUAUAUUUUUUCUCUAUUUGUAAUGGUGCAUUCUUUCACUCAUCGGUUGUGAUUUGUUUUUGUUUUUUAAUUUGUCACUUCACUGUUUUACUAAGAGAUUUCUAAACAUAGAAAUUUUGUUCCUGUAUGGAAUUGUUCAGAUUUUGUUCCAGUAUGGAAUUGUUCACUACACUAUUUAAAAAGCAUAUUAUAUAGCUCAACUCCACUUCAUCAGAAAGUUCCAUAUGAAAUGUGGAAAUUUUCAUGAGUCGUGUGUUUAUUUAAUAGACAUUUUAUUUGUGCU